UCGGCGGCGCCAUGGCGACGGCGCGCGGCGGCGGCUUUCCCCGGGCGCUGCCGCCGCUGCUGCCGGUGCUGCUGCUGCUGCCGGUGCUGCCCCGCGCCGCCGCCGAGCAGGUCGUCCUGCUGGACUCGAAGGAGUCGCAAGCGGAGCUGGGCUGGACCUCGUACCCAUCAAACGGGUGGGAAGAAAUCAGCGGUGUGGAUGAGAAUUACAAGCCGAUACGCACGUACCAGGUCUGCAACGUCAUGGAGCCAAACCAGAACAACUGGCUGCAGACGGGCUGGAUUGCCAGGCGCGAUGGCCAGAGGAUCUUCAUCGAGCUGAAGUUCACCCUACGGGACUGCAACAGCAUCCCUGGUGUGACGGGCACCUGCAAGGAGACUUUCAAUCUGUACUACGUCGAGUCUGACUCCGACCUGGGCCACAGCGUCCACGAGAGCAAGCACACCAAGAUUGACACCAUUGCUGCUGAUGAGAGCUUCACGCAGGGGGACCUGGGUGAGCGUAAGAUGAAGCUGAACACCGAGCUGAGGGAGAUUGGGCACUUGAGCAAGAGAGGCUUCCACCUGGGCUUCCAGGACGUGGGCGCCUGCGUGGCGCUGGUCUCCGUGCGGGUCUAUUACAAGAAAUGCCUCGCCACUGUGCAGAACCUGGCCGUGUUUCCAGACACGGUGGCGGAGACGGCCUUCGUGACUUUGGUGGAAGUUAAGGGCACUUGUGUCGCUCACGCCGAAGUGGAUGUGGAUAACCCCCCCAGGAUGCACUGCAGCGCGGAGGGCGAGUGGCUGGUCCCCAUAGGGAAAUGCACGUGCGGUCCCGGCUUCGAGGAGAAGGACGGGGGAUGCAGAGCUUGCCUUCCUGGAUUUUACAAGCUUUCCCUCCGUCUUCCUCUCUGCUCUCCUUGCCCUGAGCACAGCUUCACGCAUGAGGAAGCCUCCACGUUCUGUUCGUGCCAGAAGAACUACUCCAGGUCCCCAUCAGACCCACCAUCUGCCUCCUGCACACGUCCACCCUCUGCCCCGAGGAACCUGGUCUACAGCCUGCGGCAGUCGUCACUGAUCUUGGAGUGGAGUGCCCCCGCCGACGCGGGCGGCCGGAACGACCUGACCUACAGCCUGUGGUGCGGCCGGUGCCCGGCGUCUCUGCGGGGCCGCUGUGAGCAGUGCGGCAGUGGCGUGGGCUUCGUGCCGCAGCAGACAGGGCUCGUGGACCGGACCGUCACCCUGGUGAACCUGCUGCCUCAUGUCAACUACACCAUCCGCGUGGCGGCUGUCAAUGGCGUCUCGGGCGUCAGCCCGCUGUCAGGGCAGCAGUACGCCGAGGUCAACGUCUCCACCGGCCUCGCAGCGCCGACUCCUGUCACCGACAUCCGCACGGAUAAAGUUGAGCAGAAGAGCGUCUCCUUGUCGUGGCAGGAGCCGGGUUUCCCAGCCACCAACGGCACCGAGUACGAGGUCAAGUACUACGAGAAGGAUCAGAGAGAUCAAAGUUACUCAACUGUGAAAACCACAUCAACGGCCGUGACGGUCAAUAACCUGAAGCCUGGCACCCUCUAUAUUUUCCAAAUCCGGACAUCUUCCUCGCCGGACUACGGAAACUACAGCCCUAGUAUUGAAGUGGAGACACUGGCAGAGUUGACGGUGGCCUCCAGCGAGCAGAACCCCGUCCUCAUCAUCGCGGUGGUGGCCAUUGCAGGGCUGACGGUGCUGGUGUCCAUGGUGAUCGGCGUGAUGGUCUGGAGGAGACAGUGUGGGUACAGCAAAGCCAGCCAGGACGGGGACGAGGAGCUCUACUUUCAUUUUAAAAUACCAACCAGGAGGACGUACAUUGACCCAGACACUUGCGAAGACCCCAUGCAGGCCGUGCACCUCUUCGCCAAAGAGCUGGAUAAUGCUAGUAUUAAAAUUGAGAAGAUCAUUGGGACAGGAGAGUUUGGAGAAAUUUGCCGGGGAUGCCUGAAACUGCCCAGCAAGCGAGAGCUGCCGGUGGCGAUCCAGACCCUGCGGGCAGGGUGCUCGGAGAAGCAGCAGCGUUCCUUCCUGGCAGAGGCAUGCACCAUGGGCCAGUUCGAUCACUCCAACGUCAUCCGCCUGGAGGGGGUCAUCACCAGAGGGAGUACCAUGAUGAUAGUGAUGGAGUACAUGGGGAAUGGAGUGCUGGACUCUUUUCUCAGGAAACACGAGGGGCAGUUCACGGCCACUCAGCUCCUUUGCAUGUUGCAGGGGAUUGCCUCUGGCAUGAAGUACCUGGCAGAGAUGGGUUACAUACAUAAAAGCCUUGCUGCCCACAAAGUCCUUGUGAACAGCAGCCUGGCUUGCAAAAUAACUGGUUUCAGGCGACCACAAGAAGAUAAGAUGGAGACCAUCUUCUCCACCAUGCGUGGGAAGAGCCUGGUGCUGUGGUCAGCCCCCGAAGCCAUCCAGUAUCACCACUUCAGUCCAGCCAGCGACGUGUGGAGCUUCGGCAUCGUCAUGUGGGAAGUCAUGUCCUACGGCGAGAGACCCUACUGGGACAUGUCCAACCAGGACGUGAUGAAGGCCGUGGAGGACGGGUUCCGCCUGCCCGCCCCGGCAAACUGCCAGCCACCCCUCCACCAGCUCAUGCUUGACUGCUGGCAGAAGGACCGCAGCCAGAGACCCAAGUUCUCGCACAUCCACAACAUCCUGAGCAAGAUGGUGCAGAGCCCCGAGCCCCCGAAGUGCCCCAGCUCCACGUGCACCAGGUCCCACAGCACGUCCAUCCCCCUCACCGAGCGUACCUUCUCAGCCUUCCCAUCUUUCAGCUCUGUGGGCGAGUGGCUGGAGGCGAUAGAAAUGGGGAGGUACAAAGACAACUUCACCGCUGCAGGCUACUGCUACCUGGAAUCGGUGGCCAGGAUGACAGCCCAAGAUGUCCUCAGCCUGGGGAUCACACUGGUGGAGCACCAGAAGACCAUCCUGAGCGGGAUCCAGACUCUCCGGGCCCAGGUGAUCCAGAUGCAUGGCCGAGGCGUGCAGGUGUGAAGCAGCCCCUGCAGAGGUGCAGAGCACUGACCCGGCGCUCCCGGGGAGGAGACAGCCAGCCGGCCCCACACCAGACCAAAUCUGUGAAACCUCCUGGUUUCAGGUGGGAUGUAGGAAUCGCUGGGCUGCUGCCAAACAGGUCAUUCCACGUGGCAAGAGAGCAGGGCUUCCCGUCCUCUGUGCCGGGGGAGCCAAAGAUUCCUGGGAUGUGUGCGGCGCACCUAGGUGGACGUGGCUCUCCCUAGCACUGUUUUGUAAGAUGAGUCAAACUGUAAUGAUACCAUUUCAUAUGGUAAUUAGGUUAACAGGGUGGAUCGACAUUUGUGCACUGUCUUAAUCCAGAGCUGACAGCAUUUUCGUAUCUAGCAUACUACUGGUGAAAUCCAUGGGUAUUUUUUAUACAAGCUGACAUGUUCUAGCAACCCCACAAGGAGCUUUUAUUGCUUUUAUUUUUAGAGACCGGAGCACAGCUCACACCCAGUGCUCAACUUCUGGAAGGUGACUUUCCCCAUCUGCUAUGCUGAAGGAAACUCUUUCCCAGCCGCGUCCCUUCCACUCCAAGAGUUACUUCACUGAGUCUUGACACCACAGUUGGUGAACAAAAACAAAUAUUCUCCACUAAAGUGCAGAGCAAAUGGUGCUGAACAUUUCUAAGGCUCUCUUGACAAGACAAUUUCAGGGGAAGAAAUUAAAAGCUUUGAUGAAGAGCGCCAUAGCCAAGAGAGGGCAGGCAGUGGAGCCCUUGGGCUGCCCCGCUGAUGCUCUCAGCCUUCACUGCCUUUUGUGCAGGUCUUGAUCCCUCAUUUUACUGCUGGAGCUCAGCAGUGGGGUGGGAACUUACAGACCAGAGCAGCAGCAGGCAGCAAACUGCUGCCCACACGCAGACUGAGCCCGCAGGCAGAGACCUGCCUCCCGUGCAGGACUGAUGCUAAAGCAUCUGUUGCUCCUUUAGCCUCGCUCCCCUGCUUCAUGCCUUGCAGUUUUGCGGGCAGAGCAUCCCGCAUCUCGCCUUCGCUGGCUUUGUGGGCAGCUGCCAUGGGCUCUGACCGCUGUCCCUAGGCUGUGGAGCAAAGCAGGCAGAGCGUGGCUGCACGCCCACAGCCGUGGGCUGACACCAGAGCCCGGGGUCUCCCUGCUGUCAGCUGAGCUGGAGCGUCCCGCUCAGAAGUGUCUGCUCUGCCUCAGAGCAGUAGAUGGAUGAGUGCUCUUCCCUCUCUAGGUCUGGAAGUUUUUGCGGGGGAAAAGGUUUUAUAAACAGUAUUAAUUCAGCCCACAGCAGCAAAAAGGAACCUCCCAGUUCAUCCAGAAAUGGGAUGAAAUACUGGGAAUCGGUUUGGAGUCAGAGAGACAGCGGACAUGGCUGUGCUUUGGGUGGAUGUUUCCCAUGUCUGCUCUGGCAGCGUCCCCCUGGCCACUGGAAGGGCCACCUCAGCUUCCCCUCCUCCGGCAGCCUGGCCGCUGCAGGGAAGGGAAGGGCUGCUGGAGUGUCCUGCUCUGCCGUGCCAGGGCAUCGGUUUUCCACCGCAGGUUAAUGGCUGGGCAGCGGUCCAUGCCCAAGCGCUGCUGUGCCAGCAUGCCCCACAGCACCCACAGCCUCUGCAGUGGGGCGCACCCCGGGUCUGGGUGUUCGAGGAGUCUGCAGGGGCUGUACCGAAGGGGCUGCGCACCCCAGCCAGAUUCUGGGGCUUGGGCAAAGCGAACUGUUGCAUCCGUGGGAUCCCUGAAAUCCUGCCGUGCAAUCCAGGCAAACCAGGGCACAUCAGCACUUUAUUUUGUUGCAGAUGGUAGCGCAGCACUGCCUGCCUUGCAGGCUGGCAGUUCCCACUGAUGCAGGCACGAUCCCUGACAGAAGACAUAAAUAGCAUCUGCUUAAUAAUACAAGUUUCUUUGAAGUUAGUUAAUUAAAUGGGUCUUUGCAGCCUUGUUCGGAGUUUUGUAGAUCUUUUAUUAUCAUCUGUAAGUAUUGCAAGUGAAUUAUUAAUGAUGAAAGGCAAAGAUUUACAAAGGGAAUGAAUGCUGUGGGAGAUGUUCAUAAUGCGGCUAGAAAUCUGUUCGAGUCAGAUCCUCCUAUUAGCCUGCCCCGAGGGGAUGAGACUCUAAAUGACGAUUGAGCAAAGGGCCCUAAGGCAGCCUCUCGCGCGGCCAGCACGGCACCGUCCCUGCCUGGGUGUCUUCCUUCUCUCCCAGUCGCACGGCCAAGCAGAGUGGCAUGACCGUAGGUGCUGGUGGCUGUCCUGGGCCUGCCGGCCUUCACAGAACACGUUACCGUCAGGAUCCAGCUUCUGCUUAGGAAAGCCUCAGUCACGGUGGUUUCCUUUUCACCGGCCCUCGGGCUCUUCUGGCUUGGCCGCGUGGCCAGGCUGGGUCCAGGGGUGCUCAAGACUGACAAGAUUUCAGUUUUUUCAGAUUGUUUAGCUUGAUUGCAUCAGAGAUCAGAACUCUCUGCUUGAACUUCACCAACCAGUGGUCUCAAGAAGGUGCCAGCUAAUGUUGGUUUAUCAAUUUCCUGCCUUGUGCCGGCCUUCCCAGGCAGUGCCGUGGUGAGCACCACACAAUCGCAGCCGCUCUCGGGUCCCACAGCCCCGGCAGGUUUUGAGCUCCUGGUAGCGAACACGAAGGGGAGCGUGAGCCAGCACAGACCAGCCCGUGCAGAGCUCGAGACAGCAACCCUCGCGCGGUGGGGCCGGGAGCUGCCGUCGGGCUGCAGGCACAGACAGAGCGGCCCCGGCAUCGUGCCUGCCAGCGGGCAAAUGCUGGGCAGGCUCCGGGGAGUUUGCUUCUCGCUGGGGUGAACAAGCUCUCUCCUUCCUGCCACCUUUGCAGCAACAUUGCCCAAUGUCACUUGGUUAGUUUUUUAUGGAAAUAAUUUGUCUUUAUGUUUGGCCCUUGUCCGGUCUGGUCGGUCACUCACCAUCCUGCAGUUUCACAUCCAAAAGAGUAAUAAUGGUGAACCGAAACCUUCAUUUGGUAGAAAUGCCAGAUCCCAGGGAUCAAGUGCAAUUUGUACACUCUUUAUGUUUACAUUUUAUCUAUAGAGAAUGUAUAAUAUAGUUCUCUAGGCAGGGAGUUGAACCAACUUGAUUCCAGAUCCUCUCCCCCAUCUCCCUGCUCUUGUCCUGUCCGGUGGGAUUUCCAGCAGCCUCCUGCGUCCAGAUGCAGGGAGCUGCGCUGGGAGGUCGCUGCCGGAGGGGCUGGCUCCAGGUUGGGGCGGCUGCUUUCAAGGAGGUCUGGGGAAAUGCAGGGCUUGGUGACAGAGUGCUUCAGAGUCUGGGAAUCGGACCUGGCCGUGAGCAGGCAGCAACGCAUUCCUCUUGAACCCCCCCGGAACAGACCCUAUCUCCAAAGUUACGGAUGUGAGGAGGGGCCCACGGCUGCUCUCGGAGCUGCCGGGAUCUGCUCCUCAGUCCCUCUGAACGUUGCCUAGCUGGAGAGAGAAACCUCAGCACAGCUUAUCCGGAGUCACGGCAGUUUCUCCUGGGCUGCAGUGACCAGUGGCUUGCUGGGAGCCGCGGGUCCCUGGGGAAGCUGCCCUGGCCGUGCGGGCAGGGUGCCUGCCCUCCCCCAGCAGCUGAGCUCUGCACGGGGCUGGCAGCCCCGCAGCCUCCUUGGUCCUUUGCGUCUGUAAUCCUGUGAUGCUCGCUCUGUGCCGGGUACUCCAAGUAAAAAUGAGAACAUCUUUCAAUCAUUUCUGUAGUGUUUCCCCCACUGAAUUAGGUUGCCGUACUACAUUCUGGAGGACAAUGAGAAUUGAAGGUGUAAUUUCUUUGAGUCUCUCUAGCUGUUCCCAAAGAAACUUAGUGUUUAAUUACUUUUCUGACUUACUCUGGUGAGGGACUCGGAUGUGUUUCAGAAAGCUGCUUCUUUUAGACAGUACGGUUCUGUGACCGGGACCGUGCUCUAACUCAGAAGCAAGAAGUAUUUGCUUUCCUGGCCUCUCCUUCAAGAAAGGAAAGAAAAAGCAUAUAAUGGAAGUAUGCUUUCCAGCCCAGCUUGUUGCAACAAUAAACUCUUAAUUGAGCUCCUCAUCUACACUGAAGAUAAUAAAAUGAGCAGAUUAAGCUAUAGAUUGUUAUGAUUUUAAAAUUAACUCGCAUCUUCUCAGCACCUCUCUUUGGGGAAGUAUUCAAUGCCUUAUAAUUAAAUUAAUUAGCAACACUGUUUUGAAGCUGCUUGACCAAGGGAAAUGUCUCAAAAUGACUUCAGUCUCUUUGCCCAUCCAGCCUCUGACACGGUGCAAGGCUCCUUCCCCCUCCCUUGGCUGUGGGGAAGCCCUGAUCACAUCGGUGCUAAUAAGGGCUCAGGACUGGCCGAGCACUCUCACUUUCUCUGCAGCAGCGUUAGCCUUAAUUGGCUUGUUCAGAGAAGAAAAAAAGAACAAGUGUUUUGUAAUCUGCGGGCUUUGCUGGAGCUAAUAACAACAGUUACAGAGGAUUAGAUUUUAGAUGUUCAGGCAGAGCGGAGGCCAGUUAUGAGCUGGAGGAGCAGAGCAAGCGUGUGUGUCUAAGCUCGUGUGCGGACAGGUCUGUCGACCCUUCUUGCACAAAGGGGAAGCACCUGGAAAGCAGCCCCCCCUCCCUCGGCAGGACGCUGUUUCCAUCCGGUGUCCUCUGGCAGAGCAGCGCGGCGGCUGUGCCUGCAGCAGCCCAAGGCCGGGUGCUUUGGGGAGCACCGACACGGACCCGGCGUCCAGCCUCGUGCCGUCGGUGUUUGGGAGGCUGGGCAGCGCGCUUCGCUGCCCUGAUACGGCAGCAGGAAAGCUGCUGUUCCUGGGCUUGGCUCUAUAUUCCUCGUGGGAACGUCUGCCCUGGGCGUUCCUCUCGGCUGGCGAGGAAAGGCACAGCGCUGCUCAGCACCCUGCAACACCCCCUCGCGUGAAACCAGAACUGGGAUCAAGUUGGUUCAUCUCCAGAUGCUUUUUGAUAUUCAUUAACCACGUGUUAUAUACUGUAAAUACAUACUUGAGAAGUCAAUAUAUAUUUUUAUAAGCUUGAAACAAAUGUAAUAUAAUAUCAUAAGGGACACCGUGUACAUUUCAUGUUUGAACUAUAGUCAGACAUCUCAAGGGAAUCACAGGUGGUUUGGAAUAGUUAAU